AUGUCGACCGAUCCCAAGAUUCAGGAUUUGCUGAACAAGCCCAAGAGCGAACUCACUGAAUAUGAGGUCGCCUUGGUAGAAGAACACGAGCUCACAGCUGGCCCCCUGUCUCUUCUCCAAACCGCUACUCGCACCCACACUCAGGUUCUGAUCUCAUGCCGGAACAACCGCAAGCUACUUGCCCGAGUCAAGGCGUUUGACCGCCACUGCAAUAUGGUGCUCGAGAACGUGAAAGAAAUGUGGACGGAGAAGCCGAAGGGCGGAAAGGGAAGGGGCGUGAACAAGGAUCGCUUCAUCAGCAAGAUGUUCCUGCGAGGCGAUUCUGUUAUCCUCGUUCUGCUGAGCUGA